UUAAGGACGAUAGCGCUUUAUACAUUUUGUUAUAUAAAGUUCAAGCAAGAUAGCAAUAACUUAUUCAAUUUUCGAAAACAUUUCAAUUUGGUCAAAUACUAAAAAUAUUUUUACUAGUCCACAUUUUAAUAACACUUCUCCAAAUUAGUUUCUUCAAAAGAAAAUUGUAUUAUUCAUUUUGAUUAUUCAUUUUUCUGAUUUUGAAUAUUUCAUUAAGAAAAGUAGCUAUAAAAACAAUAGAACUAUCGCGGAGCCUAAAGAGUACGUAAUAAAACCAUAAAUAAUACUUUGUCUAUGGAGUAAAUGUUUAUUAGAAGGUUUAGACAUUUUAGCGGGAAAUUUAAAUCAAAAUAAAUAUUUUUAUGAUUUUCUGUAGGGGCGUUAUUAAAAUAUUGUAAAGUACUUGUGCUCAAAAACAUGGCUGGUGAACCCAGUGAUAUCGAAAAUAUUGAUGUUAACAGUCCAGAUUUCUAUGAAAUAGUGCAAGGAGAAAUAGAAUCUGACUUGGCCCGGAUGAAAAAAACUGUUGAUGUUAUAAUGAACUUACGAUUGGAAGCUGCUGAAAUAGAAGUUGAAACAGCGGCUUUGUUCCAUGCUGAGCUAUGGUACGACUUGCUCCUCCUACAGGAUGACUCCGAAGUCAAUACUGAUGAUGAAGAGUAUGAGGAAACAGAGGAUGAGGAAGAAUAAACCACAACAGAAACAGAGACUAGAUAAAUAAACUUAAUACGCUAAUUUAUUUUAUGCAUUUUCCUGUUUUGUUGUAGAUAUGGCCUUAAUUAAACCUACCUAUCAAAGUAGUUAGGUACCUACCCAGAUAUGUGUAUUUGUAUUCUAGCAUAUUAAUUUGUGCCGACAGUUUCCUGUAAGUAGUUUGCAGGAGGCGUCCCAUUUGGUGUAUAAGUCUGUAUCUACUUAAAACUUGCAGGAUAAAGAAAUUAUGUUAGCACCAAUAAUUAUUUCAUAUCAAGUUUCUGUUUACUUUUUUAGGGUUCCGUAUUAAACGAGGAACUCUUUAUAUAGGUAGGUACUCUAGUUUCGGCACGUCUGUUUGUCCGUUCGUCCGUCCGUCUGCGGUCUGCGCUUACCUAAUCUCAGUGACCGUUAGCACCACAGAGCCAAAUAAAAAGCGGACAAAAAAUCUUUAAUUAGGGUGAAAUCUUUAAUUAGGUGAUUUUUUUUUUCAUUCCAAUCCUAAUGUGUGAAAAUGUAAAUUCAGUGAUAUCGUUGGAUAGGUAUUUUAAAAUAUAAGCGCGUUAAAAUGAAUAGAGGGGUUUAGAUAAUAGUAUUAAUAUUUUCGGAAAUAAUC